AUGGGUGCGGUCGCUUCGCGCUUCGCCUCGGCGAAGGCCACGCCAGACGCGCCAUCGGCGUCGUCUCGUCCUGACUUUGAUACCAUGCGGCAGCAGGAGCUGGCCUUGGAGGCAGCACAGACGCCUUUGGAGGAGGUCCCGUCGUGCUUGACAUUGUUUGACAAAUGGCUCACUUGCUAUGCCCUCGGCCCGCAGUUCCGUCAUGUGUACCGCUACGGCACCGUGGGCGAUUGCUCGCCGCGCCGCGAAGACUUCAAGUUCUGCUUGACGACGCGCGAGCUGGAGCCUGCGCAGCGACGCGAUGCAUGGCUCACUCGCCGUGCCGAAAUCAAGGCGCAUGCUCGACAAGGCCUUCGGUCCAGCGAGACGAUCUGGACCAUGCGCCAGGCACCUUUGCUGGAUCCGACAUGGGUCGAUCCCUCGUACCCCCCACCCUAA